UGGAACUUGGGGGAACAGAUUUGGUACUUUGCGUAGAAUGGUUGGCAAGCCUGGGAGAGAUAAGGGUGAAUUUCAGUGAUCUAUUCAUCAGUUGGAGAGAAGCUGGACAGGAGAAGAGUAUAAAAGGGGGUGUGGAAUUGAACCAAACAAGAGUCUCUUUCAAAACAAUCAAGAAAUCUUUACAGGACCAGGAGGAGGUGUACUACAUUUAUUGCAGGAAGUUAGAAAAGGUAAAUGAUGGAGAAGAAAUUGGGAAGGAGUGGGAGGACUUGUUAGCAGAAUUUCCCAAAGUCUAUAUGACACCCACAAGUUAACCUCCCAGUAGAGCCUGUGACCAUGCUAUCAACAUCCAGGAAGGUGCCCCCAUUCCGAAUGCAAGACCCUACAGGUACCCCCAUUAUCAAAAGAAUGAAAUAGAAAAACUGGUGCAUGAAAUGUUGACUACUGGUAUUAUUACUUUUACUAGACCUAGUACUAGCCCAUACAACAAUCCAGUAAUCAUGGUUAGAAAAAAAG